AUGACGGCAGUUACUCCCUCUCAUUCGGGCGUCUCGCCAUCAAGCUCCCCACGCCUACCCUCGCCUCCUCCCAUUCCAGAAGUUCAGUUCGGGCCCAAGAGUCCUGGAAUCAGUGACAUGAAUGAUUUUCAACUUGAAACAUCCUCCAGACCAGAUGAAGGUGCUGCAAGGAGGAUAAGACCCGGCACCAAGGCCGCAGAUAUGGCUAUGGGUCCCCCGCUUGUGCCACUGAGUCAGCUUGACUCACCAUUCCAACUCCAAGAGCAUCUCAAAGCUCAAUAUGCGACACUGACACACACCGAAGCCUCCGAUCGAACCAUUCCCAUCACCAAAGAGACAGCCAUACAAAUCACCACUCCUCCACAAUUAAAUGAAACCGAGUCUGUGGAUAAAAACCUCUGGCUUUAUGAGCUAUGUCGAUUCCUGACCCAGAAGGCAAACAUUGUCUCAAUUUUCCUCAUGAACGAUACGCCUGCAUGCUCGAGUCAGACAUGCCCAGAAAUGCGCGCCAGCGAAUGGCAAUAUCUGUGUGCUGUCCAUGAUCCUCCAAAGUCAUGCUGCGCUAUUGAUUAUUGCAAUCAUACGCUUGACUGGGCUGCGAAUGUCCUCACCAGUCCAAGAAACUUCCCCUCACGCCUCGCUCUGGGCGGUGAGGGUGGAAAUAUUGCAAACAGCAUGAAACACCUUACCAACAUAUUUCGAAGAGUCUAUAGGAUCUUUGCACAUGCUUGGUUUCAACAUCGCGAGAUCUUUUGGUCAGUGGAAAGCACAUAUGGCCUGUACAUUCUAUUCAAGACAGUCUGCGACGCAUACCACCUGAUACCAUCAGAGAGCUACACAAUCCCAGCAGAAGCCGCGGGGGCUCCAGAGGAGAGUGAAAGUUCCACCACAUCCUUGGACGAUGGGUUUCCACAAAUCCAAGUUCUACGUAAAGAAGUGUCGACUGAAUCAGGAGAUGGCUCGAAUACACCGCCAGAUAAUUUUACAACCAACGUCGUCAAUACGGCAGCCACAGCUCGUCGACAUAAGCACAAGCAUACACCAAGCACUGGAAGUUUGGUUGACACCAUCACCGAAGGCCUCGAAGAGGAAGACGAGUCUACUCAGACACCAAUCGAAACUACGGCUCCAGUCAGCCAACUCCCGUCAUCAACGGAAACCUCCGUAAUCUCCACGGAAGAGAAAGAGCCAUCACCGGAUCGACAAUUCCCCAAGCUGGAUCUCAGUGCGAUCGUCCCUCCGUCUGAACUUCGUGCACCUGAAGAUCCCACACCCACGCCCAUUCCUGGGGACAUCGAUCCUCUAUCUAUUCAGACAUCCCAACACGCAGAAACCAACAACGAAACCACCAAGGACGAAGUACAAACACCAGACUCUGCUAAAGCAACCUGGAUUACAGAUCCAAGUGGCGAGGAAGAAAUCCGGUCACCAUCCGGAGGUAGUAUUCGAACUGGUGGAUCGGAUGUACUGCAAGCAAUACUGGGGCAUAUCUCUGAUGGAGAUGACGAAGAAGAUGAACGAGAACGAGAAAGACGGAAUAGUACGGCUUCAAACUCAUCCUUUGGAGGCAAACUGAGUCCUGGGAAACCUAACUUAGGGACCGGCGGAAACAAUGGAUCCGAGACAAAAAUCGAAGUUACUGUAAUUGAAGACGACGAAGACGAGGAUGGGCCGGUUGAAGAUCAGAAAAAAACCGGCGGAGUUGAGACAAGUAGUUGA